AUGUUCCGGCUACUGACCUCCUGCUGGUCUCGUCUAAAGACAACACAAGAGACACGAAGGAGUGUGACCAUCAUUAUCAUCGGACUAGACAACUCAGGCAAAACAGUUCUUUUGGAGGUCUUCCAAAGAUUACUUCCCAGUAGGAUGGGCCAUUGCCUGAAAUCUGAGCUAACUACACUCCUGCUGGAUGAGUAUGAAGUUUCCAUCUAUGACCUGAACGGAGACAAGAAGGGACGAGAAAUCUGGCCAAACUACUAUGCACAGGCACACGGGCUUGUUUUUGUCCUGGAUUCCAGCGACUUAGAACGCAUGCAGGAAGUGAAGAUCAUCCUAACACGUCUGCUGUCUGACAAAAGAGUGGCAGGGAAACCCAUCCUGCUCAUGGCAAACAAACAAGACAAGAAGGACGCCCUCUUACCUUGUGAUAUUGUCGAAUAUCUACUCCUGGAAAGGCUAGUGAAUGAGAACAAGUCCCUGUACCGAGUGGAACCCUGUUCAGCCAUCAAUAACCUCCAAAGAAGGAACCAUCAGUCCAUAAUUGAAGGGUUACGCUGGCUGUUAGCUGCUAUUGGGGAUAAAUAUGAAGAGCUAUGUACUCGUCAACAGCCACUCACCUCGAGCCUUCCAACCUCCAAGAGUACCAGAGGCUCUGGCGCAAGAUGGUCAUCGGACAGCUUCACUACCAGGAUGGGAACAUCCAAAGCAAAAAGACAGCAUCUAGGACCAUGCUCCAUGGAAGCUAGGCCCCUAAAGCCAAUCCUCCACAAAGAAGAGUUAAGAUUAAGACCUAAAAAGAAUAUAUCGGUAACAUUUGCUUUAGACGAACCCAUGAAGGAAGGUGAAUGUUCUGGAAGAAAUGGAGCUCGGAAUACAACUGAGCUUUACUACAAACCGGGUGAUGACUCCCAGCCCCCAGCUCCAUAUGUUGCUGACAAUCAUUUUGAAGGUAAUGCUGGAUCAGACUUUAGUCAAAGAAAAGAUACGUAG